AUGAAUGACUGGGAAGAGUUUUAUCAGGAAAUUCAAAGUGAUGCAGCCAGAUUCACCACUUUGAAUCAGGGGAUUUUGCUGGACAACUCAUCCCCUUUUGACCAAAUGUACGAAGCAAGCUGUAAGGAUAUCGAUGACGACCAGAUGGUGGAACUGUUGAAAGUUGACUAUUUAAUUUUGAACUAUUUGAUAAUACAGGGUCAUGUCAAAACUAUCAAGAGUGUUUGCAAGCGACUUAACUUGCAAGUGGAAGACUUGUUAGAAACUUGUUAUCCCCAGCCAAUUGAGCUCAAGGGUGAUGAUUGUUUCAGUGCAGAUCAAUUGAUAGCUAAUUAUCGUAAGUCUCAAGAGCUGUGUGACAAGUUCCGAUUCAAAGUAGAAAAAUCCAAGCUCAACAUUCUCACUUUGGAGAAUGUAACCAAGCUGUCGUUAGGACUUGCCACCAUCAACGUCAGAAAUAACAUCAAGCAAAACAUACUGAAGGGAAAUGUCGAUGAGGCAGUAAGCUUACUGGGACAACAUUACCCUAUGUUGUUUGAAACAAAUCAGUAUAUUUACUUCCGAUUGCUUCAUUUGCAGUUGAUAGAAACUUUCCGUCGCCACGUGGAAGGUGGAAAGGAGAAUUCUUCGGCCAAGACUGAUAAGGAGUUUCUGGAUAACUUUAUUCAUUUCAUCAAGCAAAAACUAGUGACCAUCAAAAUACUGCAGAAUGAAAGUUUUAUCAAGGAUAUUGAAUUGACAAUGGCUCUAUUAUGCUAUAAAGAUCAAUUGGCAAGCCAUAAUGCAAGCCUGCCAACACCAUUACAGAAAAUCUAUGACAUCAAAUUGCGAAGACAGAUCGCAUUGCUGGUAAACACAAGCAUCUUGGUUUUCACCAACGAAGGGUUGAAUGAGCCGGUGUUCGUAGAGCUCAAGUUGCCGAACUUUAUCAAGAUAUGGAAUUGGAUCAAUGGAGAAUUAAAGGCCUUAUAA